AAUCACAAAGUACGUUUGAAAACAUACAAGUUCAUACAUCGAUAAGAAUAUUUUGUAUUUUUUAUUUGUUGAAAAAACGAAAAACUGCGCACUGAAGUGAAAUGUCCUCAAAAAACCCGCCAGUAAAGCGCUACCGCCGUGAAGAGCAAAAUUCUGACAAAAGCGACCCUGAAGACGACGAUAAAUAUGUUCCAUACGUUCCAGUGAAGGAACGUAAGAAGCAGCAGUUGCUCAAAUUGGGCAGAAUUGUCCAACUAACGGCUGAGGCAUCCAAUGUGGGAAAAUCUUCAAGUGAGAACGAACACGACGAUGAAGGCGUUGAGGAAGCCUGGGGCCGAAAAUUCAAUAUUAGUUUAUUGGAUCAACACACGGAGCUCAAAAAGAUUGCCGAAGCAAAAAAGAUAAGCGCAGUGGAAAAACAACUGAAGGAGGAGGAAAAAAUAUUGGAGAGUGUCGCCGAAAAGAAAGCCCUCAUGGGUGUUGCUGAACUGGCGAAGGGCAUCCAAUACGAAGAUCCCAUCAAAACUAGCUGGAAGCCUCCACGGUACAUUCUUGCUAGAACGGAUGCCUCACACGAGAAACUCCGGGAGAAGUUGAGGAUUCUGGUUGAAGGAGAAUCCGUGCCGCCACCGAUUAGUAGCUUCCAGGAAAUGAAAUUCCCUAAAUCAAUUUUGGCAGCGCUAGAGAAGCGCAAUAUUCGGAAACCAUCGCCUAUUCAAGUUCAAGGAAUCCCGGCUGUUCUAUCGGGCCGAGAUCUAAUCGGAAUUGCAUUCACCGGAUCUGGUAAAACGCUAGUGUUCGUAUUGCCAAUAAUAAUGUUUUCAUUGGAGCAGGAAAUUCGUUUGCCAUUCAUAAGUAAGGAGGGUCCGUAUGGUUUGAUUAUUUGUCCGUCGAGAGAAUUGGCGAAACAAACGCAUGACAUUAUACAAUACUACUGUCAGCAUUUGCAGCAAGCUGGGUUUCCGGAGAUUCGCUCUGCGUUAGCAAUAGGAGGUGUUCCUGUGAACGAAUCUUUAGCAGUUAUACAACAAGGCUGCCAUAUAAUGGUUGCAACUCCCGGGAGGCUAAUGGACAUGCUCGAUAAGAAAUUGGUCAAAUUGGAUGUUUGUCGAUAUCUCGUUAUGGAUGAAGCUGAUAGAAUGAUAGACAUGGGGUUUGAAGAGGACGUCAGAACAAUUUUCUCUUACUUCAAGGGACAGCGCCAAACACUUCUUUUUUCCGCCACUAUGCCUAAGAAAAUUCAGAACUUUGCUAAAUCCGCCCUCGUUAAACCUGUAACGAUUAAUGUAGGCCGAGCUGGAGCAGCAUCGAUGAACGUUACACAAGACGUAGAAUAUGUUAAACAAGAAGCUAAAGUAGUUUAUCUCUUAGAUUGUCUCCAGAAGACACCUCCUCCGGUUUUGAUAUUUGCCGAAAAGAAGCAAGACGUCGAUGCUAUUCACGAGUAUCUGUUGCUGAAAGGUGUUGAAGCAGUUGCAAUCCACGGAGGGAAAGAUCAGGAAGAGCGAUAUCGGUCGGUGGAGGGUUUCAGAAACAAAGAAAAGGAUGUUUUAGUCGCAACGGACGUCGCUUCCAAGGGUCUGGAUUUUCCAGACGUUCAACACGUUAUCAACUACGAUAUGCCUGAUGAUAUUGAAAAUUAUGUCCACAGGAUUGGUCGUACUGGUCGUUCGGGUUCGAAAGGUCUUGCCACCACUUUCAUCAACAAGGCCACUGAGCAGUAUGUGUUACUUGAUUUGAAACAUUUGCUGAUUGAAGCGAAACAGAAAGUACCACUUUUCCUGGCGGAACUUUGUUCAGAAACAGAAAAAUAUUCAGAUUUGGGCGACGGAUGCAGUUACUGUGGCGGUCUUGGUCAUAGAAUUACCGAAUGUCCCAAGCUCGAAGCUAUCCAAAGCAAACAGGCAUCCAAUAUUGGUCGGAGGGAUUAUCUAUCGAAUACUGCUGCGGAUUAUUAGAUGUAAUGUUGUUAAAUUUGGUUAUCGCUGUAACAUUAAGUGUACUUUCAAUAAUGAUAAAAAAGUAUUUUCCCUUUGUCAUGAAAA